AUGGACGAUAUGUACUUAGACGUCACGGCUGGAUACGUCGACGACUGCAGAUUAACUCAAAUUGAUUAUCAUUCAUUUUUACCUUAUUCGACAUCCGCUCUUUCUAACAAUGACGAGGUGCGUAUUGCUUUACAUAACACAGAGUCUUAUACUUUACCAUGUGAGAGUUAUAUUUUCAUCGAGGGAACAAUAACCAAACCUGCAGAAAUAACUGAUGAAAUUAGAUUUAUAAACAACGGGCUAUCAUUUCUUUUCUCUGAAAUGAAAUAUGAGAUAAACGGUACUCAAAUUCAAAAACUUAUUAAUCCUGGUAUAUCCACUACAAUAAAAGGAUAUUGCUCAUAUAAUAAAACGAAUAUCACAUCACGUCAAAAUGCUGCUUGGGAUAGUGAUAUUAAAAAUGUUAAUAAAGAUUUUAUUGAUGGCAAUAUGUUUAGUGGCUGUAUUAAUCUUAAAGAUCUGUUUGGUUUUUGUGAAGAUUAUAAACGUAUUUUAAUAAACUGCAACCAACAACUUAUAUUAAAUAGAGCCUCAAUGGAUAUAAACGCUAUUAAGCAGUUUAAAAAUAAUGAUGUUGUCGCAGAAGCUCCUAAACUAAAAGACGUUAAAAUAAAUAUAACAAAAAUAUUGUGGAGAAUGCCUAUAAUUAAAGUCAGUGAUAGAGAAAAAAUUCGCCUAUUGAAAGUAAUAAACAAUCAAAAACCUCUAACAUGUGCGUUUAGAUCGUGGGAAUUGUGUGAAUAUCCAUUUUUACCUCAAAACACAUCACAUUCAUGGAAAGUAAAAACAUCCAACAAGUUAGAAAAGCCUCGGUAUGCUAUAAUAGGAUUUCAAACUGACAGGAAAAAUAGCUCAAGUAAAGCAAUGGCAUAUUUUGACCAUUGUAAAAUUAAAAACUUGAAGGUCUAUUUAAAUGCCGAAGUAUUUCCCUAUGAAGAUUUUCAAAGCGACUUUACCAAGAACAAGGUGGCUACUUUAUAUCGUGCAUAUGCUGAGUUCCAAAAAUCUUACUAUGGACAUGACGAUGUAACACCUCUAUUGACCCGAUCAGAUUUCAAAAAUCUUUCUCCAAUCAUUGUUGUUGAUAUGAGCAAGCAGAAUGAUAAUGUAAAAAUGUCAACAGUCGACUUACGUAUUGAAAUUGAAACCGAUGAAGCGUUCCCGGCUAAUACUUCUGCAUACUGCUUAAUAAUACAUGACCAAAUUAUAACUUAUAAUCCAUUUAAUGGAGAAGUAAGAACUUUGUAA